GUCGAUGCCGACUCGACAGUAUCGGCCUACGCGUUCGAUGCUUCGUCGGGCAAGAUGAAGCUGCUGAACAGCAUGGAGACUGGCGGCGCAGUCGCCUGCCAUGUCUCUUUGUCGCGCAACGAGCGCCUCCUGGCCGUCGCGAACUAUAUGGGCUCUGUCGCACUCUUCCGGCUGCAGUCGGAUGGCCGGCUGGUGGAGCGAACUGACCUCCAAGAGCACGAGAGCUUGGGCAUCGGCGUUAACAAGGAGAGGCAGGAUGGUCCCCAUGCGCACAUGGCCCUCUUCGACGCUCAGAGCAAGCACCUCUUGGUUCCAGACCUCGGCUUGGACCGCGUCGUCACCUACAACGUCGAGGCGGUCGCGGGAAAGUUGAAGGCGGCUACUCCGCUGGCGCUACCGCCAGGGUCGGGACCGCGCCACAUUGCCCUCCACCCCGGCGGGAGGCUGGCCUAUGUCCUGAAUGAGCUGCUCUCAACGGUCGUCCCCUGCCACUGGGACGCCAAGACGUGCAGCCUGACGUCGAUCGGAGAGCCGAUAGCCACCGUGCCCGGGGCGGCAGUGGGUGUCGGUGGUGAGACAUACUGUGCCGCCAUCCGGGUGUCAGGAGAUGGCCGUUUCGUCUACGUGUCCAACCGUGGCCACUGCUCCAUCACCGUCUUCCGGGUGCUGGAGGAUGGACUCCUGGAGCGUGUGAGCUGCAGCUUCACGGGACCAGGGGUGCAAGCGGAGGAGCGAGACCCUUGCUGGCCUCCGCAGGACUGCCCCAGAGACUUUGCCCUCUGCGACAAAGACCAGUGGCUCAUCGCCGCCAACCAGGACAGCGACUCCCUGGUCAUCUUCCGCCGGGACGCGACAAGCGGCGCGCUUGUUCAAGAAGGCUCCACGGCGGAAUGCAUCGCACCUGCCUGUGUACUGCCCCUUUUCUGA